CUUUCGCCAGGGUUGUAGCACUGAUAGGUGACAUGUCACAUGUCGCAAAGUUUGAGGUUAAGUCGCCCCAAAAUGAUCAAAUCGAGUCAAAAAAGCGAUCAGUGCGGAAUUUAGCGAAAUUUUCGCUGGUUCAGUGUAGUGGAUGUGACGUUGUGUCACACGACUCGUUUUUAAUUCAACCUCACGCGAUUUUGAUCAGUUUUCCCCAACUGGGCUCUAGAAUUCGCCUAAGGCAUUGCAGAGUUCUAGAAACAGUGUUGCCAACCGCCUCAGAACAAUUCCCGCAGAAGAUGCAAGCAAAAACCGCUGUAAUUAAUGAAAAUCGGCCACUUUUUGCCAAAUGAAUCGAAUUUCUGGAGUAGAUUUGGCAUUCGGUUCGUCAUGUUGGCCGACCUGUGUGUGCAACGCGGCUAAAUUUAACAUACCCAACUCUCACUGCUGGAAAAAGUGUUCGUGCAAGUGUACCCUCCAAAAUUCAUUGUUUUAUCACUGACACAGCCGACAGGUCUGUAAUUUGCUGUAUUAAACGUCGCCCCUCAUGUGGCUAUUUAUAAAAAAUCAGUGCACGCACUACAGAUUCCACCAUGUCCGUGGGCACAUAACGAGAUCAAAAACGAAAUUUUUGGAAAAAUUGAAGCGAGGCGCGUACUGGAAUGAUCCCGAAGAGCCAACAGCUGCAUUGAAGAAUAAAUUACCGUCAAGAUAUUCAAGAAAGUAAGAGUGAUUUGUGUGAAAUUGAAACUUGAAAUAACAGACAUGAACAAAUUAGUGUGUUGUGCGUUUGUGCUCAGCCUGGCCCUUAGUUGCAUCUGUGAUGAUACUCUAUCCCCACCUUGCAACAGCGAUAUCUACUGCUACGGCCCUUUACUUCACACAAUUCAAAUGGAACGCAUCUACGAGGACUCCAAAACCUUCGUCGACAUGAAGAUGCGCUUCGAACCAAACAUCACUCUGAUCAAAUUCAAUGAGUUCAUGGUGAUAAACAACAAUAAGCCGUCCAAAAACGCGACGCGAGCUUUCGUCAACGAGAACUUCGAGCCGGCGGGACAAGAGUUCGAAGAGUGGGAUCCCGAAGAUUGGGUCAAACAUCCGAAAUACAUUGACGGGAUUCAAGACGACGAGUUCAAGCAAUGGGCGCUUUCGCUGAAUCUGGUCUGGAAGGACUUGGGCCGGAAAAUGAAGAAGGAAGUCGAACUGAACCAAUCACUCUACAGUAUUAUUUGGGUCCCGCACCCCGUGAUAGUACCCGGAGGGCGCUUCCGCGAGUUCUACUACUGGGACUCCUACUGGAUCGUGCAAGGACUCCUCUUGUCGGAAAUGUACGGGACGGUCAAAGGAAUGCUCGAAAAUUUCCUCUACAUCGUCGACAAAUACGGACAUAUCCCCAACGGGGGACGCAUCUACUACAUGCAAAGAUCUCAGCCUCCGCUAAUGGUGCCAAUGAUCAAGCUGUAUGUUGACUUCACGAACGACACUCACUUCGUUAGGGACAACAUCGCAACAAUGGAGAAAGAGUUCGAGUACUGGAUCACCAAACACAACAAAACUGUGACCCUCGACGGCAAGAACUACACCCUCGCGACGUACGGCGACCGCUCGAAAGGGCCUCGCCCCGAGUCCUACUCCGAAGACGUCGAAGGCGCUGCCAUUUUCGACGACAACGACAAGAAGGAGAGUUUUUACGCCGAAUUGAAAGCAGCGGCCGAAUCCGGUUGGGAUUUUUCAAGCCGUUGGUUUAUUAAAAACGCGACUAAUAAAGGUAAUUUGACCAAUACCAAAAUCCGGUCUAUAGUCCCAGUUGACUUGAACGCAAUGAUCUACUGGAACGCGGUUCUCUUAUCUGAAUUUAAUACCCUCCUCGGCAAUUUGGCCAAAGUCCAGUAUUACAACAACAUUGCGAAAGAGUGGAUGGAGGCCGUGACUGCUGUUUUAUGGCACGAAGAAGUCGGUGCCUGGCUAGACUAUGACUUGUCAAAUUCAGUGAAACGCGAUUAUUUUUACCCGACUAAUAUUGCGCCACUGUGGACCGGGUGUUACAACCAAACGGACAAAGGGAAAAUCGUGCGUCUGGUCUUGAAGUAUUUGCAAAAUAAAAACAUUCUCUACCCUGGUGGUAUCCCCACCACGGUGGAACACACCGGCGAACAAUGGGACUACCCCAAUGCCUGGCCUCCCUUGCAACACAUCAUGAUUGUGGGCCUGAACAACACGGGAGAUGUUGUUGCACAAAGACUAGCCUUUGAAAUCGCCGAAAAGUGGGUGCGCUCCAACUACAAAGCGUUCAAAGAGACCGACGCCAUGUUUGAAAAGUACGACGCGACGGUGCCUGGGGGCCACGGCGGGGGCGGCGAGUACGAGACGCAGCUAGGGUUCGGUUGGACGAACGGGAUCAUCAUGGAUUUGUUGUACCGAUACUCGGGGAACCUGACUGUGGAGGACCCGCCACCACCGUCACCAAAACCGGUCUUUGAGGCGUCGCAAGACGUGCAAUCUGCGUCGAGUUUUAGCCAAAUUUCGGCCGUCUUGAUAGCGUUAAUGAUAUCGCUAACGGCAGGAUUCAUAGGAGUGUGUAUCUACAAACGCCGGAACCAGCAGCAGACCGACUCGAGGAAAGCGCCUAGGCCUUCAAGGGCACGCUACACGGAACUGCGGAGCAUCCCUCGGCGUGCGAAGAGCACGAGAUAAACGUGAGUGAAUGACAGUUGCGUUGUAAUUAAGUCACCAAAUCGUCGCACAUGCUUCCGGAGGAAACUAGUAUUAAGUGCCUACGUUGACACUAAGUAGUACAAGUAAUUAAUUUUAGUUAAUUGAAUUUUGUUAAUCGGUGUCUAGAAUAGUGGCGACUUCUCCAUUCUUGUAUCUUCCUAUGUGAUAUCUAAGUCAUAUCUUUAAGAGCGACGGCGCGGAUUUGGGCACUGGGUGCAAAGACUCGAGUGAUUCAUUUAUUUAUUUGUUCAAACUUUUGUGAUAAUGCAACAUGCCCAGAUCCACACUUUUAAAGAUCAAAGCAGGUUUAGGGUUCGCCUCCAGUGAUCAAACCAUGUAUAGUUUUAUUUAUUUAGUUGAAUAGCGAAACUCAUGACGUACAUUUCUAGACUUACCUCAGUAGACAAAAUCAUCCAAUGCCAAUUUGUGUCUUAAGGAAACUCCAAAUUCUGCAACGCAUAAUGUAUUGAUAUGUGUACAUAGGUGUGCUACAUGUAUUAAAAGCAUUUGCUGUGAUUAAGUCGAGCUAAAAUAUAUUUGAUAAAUAACUGUGUGAAAUAAAAGAUUUGGAAAAA